UUUAAAGAGGCCAUGCCACGCCCACUGCACUAACCCCAGCCCUCAAACGUCCAAAUCUGAAGAGUUGACUCUCAGCCUACUAGUCCUAGAGACUAUCCUUUCGUUGAUACCCUCCACUCGUUCCUCCACUCGUUCCUCCACUCGUUCCUCCACUCGUUCCUCCACUCGUUCCUCCACUCGUUCCUCCACUCGUUCAACACCGUCAUUCAUUAAGCCAACUCCUACUACUAAACCCAUAUCCAUCCUACUCAUCCCCCCCAACUCGAAAACAAUAUUCACAAUGGGCGAAGGUCAAGAAUGGACCAACGGCUUCUGGGACUGCUGCUCCCCAUGCAAGAUCUGCUGCCUCGCCUUCUGGUGCCCCUGCUGCCUCUUCGGCCGCACCGCCUCGCGACUCAAGGACCCAGCGCUGAAAGAGCAUGGCUCGAUGAACGGUGAUUGCUGCCUCUACUGCCUCGUCGGCUACUGCGGACUAGGCUUCAUCCCGCUGAUGCUGAAGCGGGGCAAGCUGCGCGAGAAGUUCCAGCUCGAGGGGUCCGGGUGCGGCGACUGCUUCAAGUCGUUCUGCUGCCCGUGCUGCACGCUGGUGCAGAACGAGAAGGAGGCCGAGAGUCGGGCGGGCUUGCUGGAGAAGGGCGGGUAUCAGGCGCCUGCGGGGAUGGAGUAUAAAUGA